GUCACGAGGAGCACGAGCGAGGAACAUAAAUACAAGCAGCCGAACUCCGGCGAGUAAACAAACUAGCGUUGUUGGAGUAGAUCUUGGAUUCGAUGGGUAGUGUGAUUACUUGAGAGAGAUGAAGCGGUUUUCCUUUCCCAGCUGUUUGAUGCUGCAGUUUCUUACUUGCGGGGGCCUGUUUGUACUACUUUUUCGGGCGACCUUGUGCUAUAAACCCGUGGUCAUCAUUCACGGUUUGUUCGACAGCCCCAGUGAUUUUCAAAACCUUCUCCACUACAUCAAUGAGACUCAUCCUGGUACCAAUGUCACAGUCGUCGACUUAUUUGAUCACACCUAUAGUCUAGAACCUAUGUGGAAGCAAGUGGAAGGCUUUAAGAAUGCCAUUUAUCCCAUCAUGCAGAAUGCUGCAGAUGGGGUGCACCUCAUUUGUUAUUCCCAAGGAGGCCUUGUAUGCCGUGGAAUUCUUUCAGUUCUGCCAGAUCACAAUGUGGAUUCUUUUAUCUCUCUUUCUUCACCACAGGCUGGUCAGUAUGGAGAUACAAGCUACCUGAAGUACGUAUUCCCAAAGUAUAUCAAGACAAAUCUGUACCAUAUUUGUUACACUAGUAUUGGUCAGGAUGUUUCCAUCUGUAAUUAUUGGAAUGAUCCACAUCACCAUGAUAUGUACCUGAACAGCAGCAAGUUUUUGGCAAUACUUAACAAUGAAAACACAAAUCCAAAUGCAACAGCUUGGAAAAAUAACUUCUUAAGAAUUAAGAAGCUUGUUUUAAUUGGAGGCCCUGAUGAUGGAGUCAUUAUGCCUUGGCAGUCAAGUCACUUUGGAUUCUAUGAUGAUAAUGAAACAGUGAUUGAAAUGAAAGAUCAGAUGACCUAUUUGACAGAUUCAUUUGGUCUCAAGACUUUGGAUGCUCGAGGAGACCUGGUGCAGUACUCGGUGAGCGGCAUUCAUCACACCAUGUGGCAUUCCAACCAGACUGUCUUCAGAGAUUGUAUUGCUAAGUGGCUGACGUAGGUGUCUGUACUAGCAAGUCACACAACAAGGCAAUCUAAAUGCAUAUGGCUUUUUAAAUUACCUAAUAAGCUCUUUUAACUUUUUUUUAAUUCAAAAAAGUAGGUAUGGACACAUUAUAGGGGACAUUGUCAAAGUUCGUUUUUACUGAGUAAUUCAAAAAGCCUUAGGUUAGCAGAAAAUACUAUUACAGAGAACUGAUCUUGUAAUGGGGAUUUCUUCAUUUUGCUCAGUCUUCAGAUUUUGGUUUUAUACCGUCAGUGUAUUAAAAAACUGAACAUUGUCCAUUCUUAAAGCAUCUUGUAGAUGUUUGUUAGUAGCAAGUGGGUUCUCCAGAAAGAUUUCAGACUGAUUCAAAAGGCUUUGAGAUCUAAAUUUUGCUUUGAAAUAAUCAGUGCCCAGAAACGCACCAAAUAUGCCUCAUACACUGUGCAAUACACUGUCCACUUUGUUUGUGGUCAGUUUGAAACCAAAACAGGAUGAUAACUGAGACUGCAUGUUGCCUGUCAUGCUUCAUCAUCCUUCUUUUUUUUUUUCUUGAUUAGCAGUAUUUAUAUGUUAUAUUCAUGUGUUUCAAACAGCAAGUGCAUAUUUUACCUAUUUUUGUAGAUUAACUCCUAUAGAAGCAGAAAUUCAGCAUUUAUUUUUAUACAUUUUAAAAUGAAGUUUCUGCUUUUCCUGCAUGUCAAUGUUAAGUUGAAAUGUUUAACGACCAAUCAGUGACGUUAUUGGUGUAUUCUGAGAUAGUGUGUUAGAUCGCCAAUGAAGAAUCUGUUUUCUAAAAAAAGGCCACUGAGUGGCAAGUAAUGCUUUUGUGUGAUUGAGAAUUCAUACUUUUUUUAGACAAGUGGAGGAUUUCAUGAAGCUCAAAAAUCCACUGUAAUCCAUUAGUUUUGUAAUUAGUUUUAAUACAUUAUGCAACAACAUUAAUUUAGGCAGAUUUUACUGUUAGUUUUUUAACUCGGCAUAAAAAUCAUUAAGAUUAUCUUAAAACCAAAAUUAUCCCUUUAUCAUCUAUAUUGUUUUUCUUACAGUUGUAUUUAAAAUUGCAAUUCAUCUGCAAGUUUUCUAACUCUGAACAGUAAGUUGCAUUAGCCAGCCCACUUACAAACUGAAGAGCUACACCUCUUCAUCCUUUUGUGUUCCAUCUUAAAAGUUUAAGUAAACAACAGACCAAUAUGAAAUCAAUUUUUAAUGUGCUUUAAGGGCUGUAUCAUCCCUUGUGGGGAAAUCCAGGGCUUAAAUUAGG